AUGAAUUUGAUAUUCUUCUUUUUGUAUAUUAGCUUAGUUGCUUGUGAAGGUAUAUUACAAAUGGAAAUGCUUGGUGAUGGUAACACUCCAAAUAAAUCAAAAAAAAUUACAUUAUAACUUGGAACUCCACCUGUUACAUAGUAAAUAUUAGUCUUGUUUGAAUAGUCAGGCUCUUCAGAUCUUGGAUAGUUUAUUAUAGACUCUAGCAUAUAAGUAAACGAUCCAGAGUACUAUGAUAAUUAGAUAAAACCUUAUGACCUCACGUUGUAUAAUAUGCACACUAGUUCUACAGCUUAAAUUGGAUAGAACUAUUAAUCUAAUAUUGUUUAUGGAGGAUAAUUUGUUGGAAAUAUUGUUUAAGAUGUUAUGAAGAUUGGAGAUAAAUAAUUUUAAUACUCAUUUCCUUGUGUUGUAAAUGAUCCUUCUAGGUUACCAUUCUAGUUUUUAAACGGGGUAACACUCUUUAAUAGAAAGGAUAAUAAUUAUUUUGAUUACAUGAAGGAGCAAGACAUAAUUUAAAGUAGUGAUUACUUGCUGUAAAAAUCCUAACAUCAAAAUUAAAAAAUAGAUAUAGUUUACGACUUAGACAGAAGUAAUAACCUAAUUUUUAGCUCUCCCGAAGAUUCUUUGGUAGGUGACAGCUCAUUUAAUAUCAAAAUAUAUGGAGUUUAUGCAAAUAACUAAGAUAUUACGGAUUAAUUAAAACUCAGGAUAGUCAAUUUUGAUCCUAUUGAGUUAUCUCAAAAUUAAUUAUACAUCCCUAAAGAGAUAUACUCAAAGUAUUUUUAGAAAGUGUAAAGAUAGGAUUUAACAAAUUGUGAAAAUUGCUAGUGUUAAACAGUUAAAUCUUUGCCUACCUUCAAGUUUAUUUCACAAGAAUAUAUAUUUGAAAUUACCCCAAAUAUGUAUACUAACUAUUAAACAUACUAAACAUCUGAUGGAAAGAUAUAAGGUUUAAUGGAAUUAAAACAGUUAAACACAUGA